CUCCAACCUCGACGAUCUCCCAACCCACUGCAAGAUGGUCCAUUUUCCUGCCGAAAUAGUCGAGCAGAUUGUCGAAUACAUCCAAAGAUCAGAACAAAGCGCAUCCCAUCCGUAUAAGAAAUGCAAAAUCCUCCCGUACGCGGUCGUUGCACGGCAAUGGCAGGUCGCCGUCGAGCGCCUCCUCUGGCAGGAAGUUGCACUCAACACGAGCAUCUCACUCGCACAGCUGAAGGAGUGGACGUCUGGCGAUGCAUACCGCUGCGCGCGGCCUGGCUAUAUUCGGCAUUUAAUCUCCAUGUGGCCUAAUCUUGGAUGCUAUAAUUGGGGGAAGAAGGAUGAGCAAGAUGAUCAUAUCGUGCAAGCGAACCGGUAUGCGGAGUGGUAUGAUGAGCAGCACCACAAAUAUCUCCUCGACCUGUUUAACCUCCUUGCUUCGUGGAAAGACCAGAACGCGAGUAUGCGGCUGUCCCUUCGACUGGACGGCGACGAGCGUAUUGAGCACGAACCACAACCGGAGGAAGAUGUGACGAGGGCAGAGUGGGAGGAUAUGACUCUCGACCAGCUCUGGCAGAAGGGUCUCGCGGCGUAUCCGCCGCGUCUGACGGAGAAGUUUGUCACGGAGUUGCCCACUCUGCCGUACAUCACCUCCUUUGCAGUGUACAAUCCUGAGGACAGCGAUCAUCGGCCGUCGGCCUUCUUCCUCUUGUUGACUCGGUUUCCUAACGUGCGGCGUAUUUAUGGCGGGGAGGGCGGAUCGGUUCUAACAGAAUCGCUGCGGGCUUUGGUGGCGCAGAGACAAGACUUGAUCGACCACCUCUCGCUGGUACCGGAAUUGGUGGAAAAAUUCAAAUACGAGAUAGACUCUGCCCGAGAGUUGGCACGCAAUCCCGCAACCAACGCUACGAACUAUCUUAGCCCACGCGGCCUGGAUGAGCUAUCAAUUGGCUUUCGAACUCUUAGUAUGAGACUGCGGAAACUGAAACUCGAGUUUGUUCGAAUCAGUAGUGCAUUAUUCUGGCCUGGGGGUGGAGAAGAGGACUACGACACGACUUGCCUCCAUUGGCCGAAACUAGAGGAGCUCGUUGUCUUGGGAGUCCCUCCGUAUACAGCUGAUGGAAAAUGGAUCCUCGACAACGACGCCGGCAGAUGGCACCAUAUAUCGCUCGAGGAGCUUGAAGCCGACCCCGAUCAAGGCUGGGAUUAUGACACAGGUCACUACGGAUACCGGGAUAUAAUGAGACGAGACGCGGCGGACGAAAUGUAUUCAUCCAUGGGCCGUGCCGCACGGAGAAUGCCUCGCUUGCGGAGACUGGAGUUCUCGUUCCGCGCAGAGACUGGAGAGUGCGGGCCCACGGAGAGGUUGGAGUUCGAAAGGGACUUGAGCACGGGGAAGAGCCGGCUCCAGAUCGCGACGGGCUGCUGGUAUUUAAUCGGGGAGAAGGUUAUAUUGGCUUGGGGGUCGCAGGGCAAGCUGGCACCACAAAGCGUCGCCCCUGAGUGUCGGGGGCGUCUUACACAUAAGGAUGAGCGGGACGGAUCCGUGGCACUGGUACACAGGAAGAAGAAGACGAAGAAGCCAUCUUGUCACGAUGGGGCUUGUUCUGUCGAGUUUGAAAAGUGGCCAUGAGGGUUGCAUGGUUAGCAAUAUUAUGGCUGUUGAUUUGCCAGGAUAAUGACUGAAUUUAAUCACGAUCCCGCAAAGACGCCUCUCAAUCCACACUUUGCGCCUCUUCCUGGAAAUCUUCCUUCUGCACCGAGACCUCAAAGGCUAGAAGCGCGCAUCCCCUACACUGAAGAAGAUGUCCAGACUUCGGGCACCGUGCGUAUCCCUUGCGCAUAGAAUGGCCAUAUGGUAUCCCCUAAAUCUUGGCGUGACGCCCUUUGUCAAGCCGCUGUUGGCCAUUCGCGUCCCAGAGUUUGCUGGGGGCAUCUCGCCCAAAAUGUCGUUGGAGGGUAUGGAACGUACAACUACAAGUGUAGAUGAGG